AUGUACCCAGGGUCUGACCUCAGGGUGGUGCUGGUGGGUCAGGUUGGGAAGAGUUCAGCAGGAAACACCAUCCUGGGAAAGAAGGCGUUUGACUGUAGGUUCAGUUCCAGACCUCUGACUCUGAUCAGUGAGAAGAGAGAAGAGGAUGUUCAGGGUCAUAGAGUCUCUGUGGUCGACACCCCCGGACUCUUCAGCUCUCAGCUGUCUGAAGAGGAGAUGAAGGCAGAGCCGGAAAAAGCUGUAGAUCUGAGCUCUCCAGGUCCUCACGUCUUCCUCCUCACCAUCCAGCUCGGAAGAUUCACUGAACAGGAGCAGGGAGGUCUGGAGACUCUGCAGAAGCUGCUGAGUCCUGAUGUCUCUAAACACACCAUGGUGCUGUUCACCUACGGAGACCAACUGGAAAACACCGACAUGGAGGAGUUCAUCAGAGACGACAAGAACCUGAGGAAGCUGCUCAGCAAAUGUAGCGGCAAGUACCAUGUGUUCAACAACAGAGAGAUGGAAAACAGAGAUCAGGUCAAAGAGCUGUUUGGGAAAAUAGAUUCAGUCUCUGAGGGAGGAAGAUUGUUUUAUCAGAAAAGAUCUUCUCAGUCACAAAAUUUAAUGUGCACAGGUCAGAGGGUUGCAGGAUUAAGUUGUUUAUCAAAUAGCAUCUCUAAUAUCUACAGAUGUUUACAGACACAUACAGAGUGAGAUAAUACUGGAGGAAGAGGGAGAUGGACAAAGAGAGGAAGCCAGUGAAGGAGAAACCUAGGAGAUGAGAGAGUAUACUCAUAUGAUAACGCAUCACUCAAGGUGUGAUCAAUUAAGUUGGAGACUGCCCCUAUAACAAUUACAAACUGCACCUGAUUAAAAUUUGAUCACCUACCCCUUCAAAGUUGUCCCCACAUGCAGUGAUAAAAAGCUCCCAGAUGCUCCCUGGAAGGAGAAUCAAGAACUAUGUGACUCAUGAUGGAUUUACUCCACUGAGUCGAAACAGAUGAGGAGUGAUGAUUGUGUUCUGUUGUCUGUUGUCUUCUGUUCAGAAGUCAGGAGUCCGGACAUGAACUCAGCAGCAGAGACACAGUGUUCAGAUUAGAUGAGAGGAUGUCUGAACUCAGGUGAUUCCCUCAGUGAUGAUCCUAUAUAACAAUUUGUUCAACUUCUUGAAAUUUUUGUGAGUUGCGCUUGUGGAGGGUUGCUCUGACCUGUUGUUGUCCUAUAGUGAUACUCUGUCCCACUGUCCCUCUGUAAAUUUUACAGUCGUCCUUUAACAAACAUGAAUAUUUCCUGCUGGUUUUUCUCCUCUGUCAGAUCAUAUACUGCAUCAUGUACUACAUCAUAUACUGCAUCAUGUACUGAAUCAUGUACUGCAACAUGUACUACAUCAUGUACUGCAUCAUGUACCACAUCAUGUACUGCAUCAUGUACUACAUCAUGUACCGCAUCAUGUACCACAUCAUGUACUGCAACAUGUACUACAUCAUGUACUAUGGGUAUUCAGAGCAGUGUGGUUGUAAGGCAGUAUGUUGUAUCAGUGUUGUGUUUUCUUUGAUUAUUGGUAUUGUAUUGAUUGAUUGGUGAAUGAUGAAGCUGAUCAUCUCCUGACUCUGACAGAGUGAGUCUAGUGCUCCACCUGCAGGUCACUUCAAUCCUCUACAGUCUGGGUCAGUGAACACAUCAUGUUAUAAUAAACACAUCUUUAACUCCU